AAAUCUAUCACCUAGAGAGGUUAUAAACCUAACCUAACUUUUACAAGGUCAUUUAGUUUUUUCGAUAAUUUUAUAUCAAUUUAAUUGAAAUUUGUGAAAAUUGGAAUAAUAUUUCGAUUAAAUUUGAAAAGAUUUAUUUUUCUAAGGCUGUUUGGUUUAGAAUGCUGCUCCAAGACAUUUCUUGACUGAUAUGUCAAUAUUCAAUGUUUAUAAACAGUUUGAAUGUUUCCAUAAAAUGUUCCAAAAAUUUUUUCAAUUUACAUUCUAGGGCUCUAGUUGAUAUUUAAAAAUGUGAUACAUUCGUUGCAGCAUUCUUCCCGCAUUAUAAUUAUAAUAGACUGAGUAUCGGUUAUGUUGCGUUCGUGACAUAAAUGUUGAUUCAUAUUAGACUGAUUUUUUAAUUAUACGUAAAGAUGGAAAAAGAAAGUAAAACUGGUGAUAAUCAGGUGCCAAAUACAACAGGAGAUAUCCAGGAAGGAGAGCAGAGGAAUGUUGAAGAACUGCCACAAUUGAGUCCCAAUACUCUGAAAGUAGCUGCUGCUCAAUGUUUAAAUAGCUGGAUCAAUUAUUUGCAGAUAUUGAAUACUAUGUGCUCAGCUGGUCUGAGACUCUCGCAGUCAUUAAUGAAUUUGUCUUUAGCUCAGAACAUAUCUUUAGCUACUAACUGCCAAAUAAGCUGGGACGAACUACAGAAAUCGACCAUGUUCGCCACAAAUGCCGUUAAAACUCACAUAGCUGCUGCCAUGCAAGAUAUGAGUAUUGGGGAUACAUUUACGGAAGCUGAUGCUCAGAGACAACAAGAUCACAAUCAACAGAUCAUCACGGAGAAUCUGCUUACUUUUGUGAAUCUUCAGUACCAAUUCUCCUUGGUUGGUUGCGAAUUUUUUGGGGCCAUGGCGAUGUGUCCUUCCUGCCAAGCCACCCCUGGAGGGGUCCACGAACCCGACUGUAGCAUGGCAUCUUUGCAGCAGUUCUUCACCAGGCCAGACAUGCAGGAAUCAAGAUCGCAGAACUCCAGUCCACACUAUCUUCCGGAGCAGGGUACGGUGGAAAGUCCUAAGAUGCAGGAAAUGCCUCGUCAACAGCCCAGUCCUCUAGGGCCCGAAACUAGGGGUUCUUCUAGAGGUUCUAGCCCCAUUCAGGGUUUCACGGAUGUCAACAGACAAGCAGGUACAAUUGAGACUAUCAGAGGACCAUUCCCUAAUCCUGGUCAGCUUCACACAAUGAAAUAUCCGUUUCUUGGAAGGGGUGCUAGAUCUCCGCUGCAUUUUCCACUUUUUCCAAUAAGCGGGCAGAGAAGAUGGUCUGAAGCAGCCGCCCAAGAUGUUGGAGGUGAAAAUACAGAUGGAACCAUGAGAAGAUGGUCUAUGCCAUGGGAUUGUGGGAGGGGAGAGAUCGGUACUUGGAACCAAAGGAUUGUACCAGCUUCAAAACUGAUGGUACCACCAGCUACUACUUCACAAGAAAGGAGCAGAAGUACAACACCUGAGGCACAGCAGUCUUCAUCUGGUGCAAUCUUAGUAGAAGGACUUGCUGAAGCCAUUCAGCUUUUAUCCUGUCGACCGACGCGGUCUUCUAUCCCAGGACACCCAAGCUAUGGUUCUUACGGUCAUCCUUGGCCAGAAACACACGAGGAUCGAAUGCACAGAAGAAUGCACCCGGGGCCCUCCAACCAAAGAGGUAAUUGGCAAUCUGUUGAUGUCCCAAACAUAGGAAUGUCCGUCACUGAGCAUUACGACAUCUUUCCACCUUGUUUACCAUUGAUUUCUAGAAAGAGUAGUUCUUCAACAGAUUCUUCAUCUUGUUUAUCAAUUCAUAGCCGAUCGACAAGCUCUUCAGAUCGAGGUUCAGAUAAUGCUGGAAGUGGAGAAGCUAUCAGGUUGCAUGGCAACCUUUAUUCGAUGUGGAGCGGAAGUGAACACCUACCAUUCAUAAAACUGCCAGAAUCUCAAGAACCCCAAGAAGAUAGCGAUACAGAUGAUCCCCCUACAGAAAGAAGUGGCAAAGUUGACUUUCCAAAACCAACUUAAUACUUAUGGAUAAUUCAACAAGGCACCUAAAUGAAAUUGAUAUGUGUUGUAUAUUUUCGGAUGUAUCAAUGUUUACAAAGUUUUUAUGUGUUAAACAAUCUUCGAAUUUUAUAUAUGCCAUUUUUAAUGAUAGAAUACAAAAUGUUUACGAUUAAUAAACCAAAGAAUUAUC